AGUUUGGAGGGAGCGCUAUGUAGAAGAACAUACGGCGCACUUUCCCGCCGAGAUUUUGUCCGCUCCCCCCACCCUGCGACUGGUUGAGCCCUCUUAAUUGUGACUAAAAGUGAGAAAGGCUGUACUGAGGGGAACAUAAGGAGACGACGGAGGCGCUUCAGCCAGGAAAGAAGUGCCGGGAGACAGAUACCGUGUCUCUCUCAUCCACACUCACACAUACAGAGACCCUGCAGCCGCGCCCGGAUCUCCUCCCACCACAGCUCCCUCUUCUCCUGCUAUAGCAUGGCCAGUUCGAGUAAAGUGACUUUAAUCUUGCUCAUCUACGGAAUCUUAAUGCACUACAGCGUCUUCUGCACACCUAUCGGACUAAGUUACCCUAAGAUUAGACUUGAAAACAACGCCUUCGAUGAGGAUGGCAAUGCUCUGUCCGACAUGGGCUUUGACAGCGACCAGAUUGCUAUACGAAGCCCGGCGUCCCUAAACGACGACGCCUACAGCCUGUACUACCCGCCAGAGAAGAGACCAGAAAGGCAUGCUGAGGAAGAAUUAGAUAGAGCCUUGAGGGAGAUCCUGGGUCAGUUAACAGCGAGACAUUAUCUGCAUUCUCUGCUGACUGUUCGUGCAGGUGACGACGACAACAGCAUGGAGGAAGAGUCGGAGCCCUUAUCCAAGAGACAUUCAGAUGGGAUCUUCACUGACAGCUACAGCCGCUAUAGAAAGCAGAUGGCCGUGCAGAAAUACCUGGCAGCGGUUCUGGGUAGAAGGUACAGACAGAGAGUUAGGAACAAAGGACGUCGACUUGCUUAUUUGUAGCGUUGUUAAACUGCCCUCUUGUGUAAAUACAUCCAGUCGUUAAAUCAAAGUCAUUCAGAUAUAUCUGACCAACCAGUGGAUUGCGCCUGUGUUCUUUCAACAUGUAUUUAUGUAUCAAGUAAAGCCAUUAAAAUGAAUAUUUUACUAAUAAUAUCGUUUUUUUUUCUUUUUGUACAAAAGCACUUGAUACUGCUCAGUUAUACUUUGUGGACCAAUAUUUAUUUUCAUGUUAAGAUGUUGAAAAUAAAACAAAAUGAUUGAAAAAAAUGAAGAAACCAUAAAAAAAAAAGAUAGAUGUGCACCUGCAACUUACGCGCUUGAAAUCUUAAAAAGUCAUCUACAUAUGCAGAAAAUAAAUAGAUUUUAAAAAGACAAUCAAAGUAUUGAAUGUUAUACUUAUUUUUGUAACCAACGUUCUAUUUUUUUAGUGUUUCUUUUUUUUUGUUUCGUUAUUUUGUUUUAAUGUCCAAACAGGCCCAAAGAAGCAGUGAGCAUGCUCUGUGAGGCAUAUCUGGCUUUUCUCAAAACGAUCCACUUGUUUCCACGUUUACUUUAAUGGGAUCUGUGGGUUUGAUUAGCUUGUUGCCCUUCCAAGGGGAAGUUAGGUGGCCACUUAUUGGAUAGCCUUUUCCUUGAUGGAUACCUGCCUGGCUUACUGGUCAUUCAUACAACUGAUGGGAAAGUAGAACAGGUCUUUUGAACAGAAAAGACCUCUGCAGGCUCCUGCAGGGGAGUCACAGCCUUUACUGAGGAUAAUGUUGCUGACAGUAUGCGGUAAACACUGCUUGCUCACUUGCCUCAAAGUCAUUUAUAGUAGGACAUCCUUCAUCCUCAACAGGGCUGUGUAAGGAAUGCUCCAUGUGUGAAUGAGAAUGUGUGCGUGGUAUUUGGAAUAAUGUGCUUCAUCUGUUGAUUGUAUUUGGGCAGUGCUGCAAAUACUCACAGAGGACCAAGAAAAAAAGAAAAAAAAAGCAGGAAAUGAAGCAGAAAGUAUAGCAUCAUAGUCACAGUUGGGAAUGUUUAUCUUUCUAGCGCAUGUGAAGCUGAAACCGUUCAGAUUUUUGCUUGCAAGCUGCAUGCAAUUGUGCUCCUUUUUUUUAAUUUAUUUCUCGCCAUUUGUGAGGUGGGCUAUUUCAGCACCACUUCCCUUCAGAUGUUUUGUGACAGAAAUGUAAACAAGGAGGGCCAGAAGUGGUAGAAACUGGUACUGCACUUACUUGUUGAAUUUGUACCUCCCCUGCUGCUGUAACUGUGGAUAUAUUAGGAGGCCAGACCCAUUUGUUGGCUGAUAGUCUUUUUUCUUCAUCCAAGUGGCCGUGCGAGUUUGUUGAUUUGAUAGCACUGUGGUUCAGCCGUUAAUUAAAAGCUGAUCUGUGUAGCAGGGAUGUGAGAAAGAGGGAGAGGAGAGAGUUUGAGCAUGAUAGAGGAGGGCUAAGUUGGCUGUUGCAUAAGAGGCAGAUUACAACGCCCACUCGCCAGAGAAGGCGUGUCACAAGUCAGUGUGGAGGCAAAAAAGAGGCGAGAGCACGUUGAUGUUGCCUCGUC